UACCCGAGCCUGAUCUGAUCGAUGUGCUCACUCACGCACGCACGCGCUCCCCCCGCUCGCCCACCCCUCAUCACUCCAGUGCUACGGUUCGACAGACUUCCAGACACGGACACCAUCAUCCAUCCACCGGCGACGCUUCCAGCUCCGACGAACCGCUCGGGACCCGACACCAUGUCCAUCUCGCUGCGCCUCGCCAUCCCCACCGCGGCGCCCUGCCCCGCGCCGCCGCCGCGGGCGCGGGCGGCGCGGAAUGCGGGCUGCUCCCCGCUCUCCGCGGCCGCCGUGCCGGUGCGGACCACGGCCGCGCUCAGGGGAUGCGCCGCUCUGCCGCUGAGGCCGCAGCCGCUGGUCCGGCCGUGCCGGAGCCGGGGGAGCGCCGUCGUCUGCAGCGCCUCGGCGUACCUCAGCCCGCCCACCACGCAGUGGGUCUCCGUCGCGGCCGCCGCAGUGCUAUUGCUUGCUAAAGGCACAGGCAUACACAAAUCUUUCCUCGUGCCAUUAUUUGUUCUGCAAGCACCUACCGCCGUAAUCUCAUGGAUCAAGAGUGAAUAUGGACUGUGGACUGCUUUUCUUGCGCUUGUGGUGCGUUUGUUCUUACCCUUUCCAGGUGAGCUAGAGCUUCCGCUGUCAACGAUGCUGGCAGUCAGCGUUGCCCCUUACCAGGUGAUGAAUGUGAGUGUGCUGUUGGUUUCUAAAGAGACAGGCAUACACAAAUCCUGGCUCAUGCCAUGGUUUGCACAGCAAGCACCUAGCAGUGUAAUCCCAUGGAUCAAGAGAGAAUAUGGACUCUGGACAGCUUUUCUUGCGAUUUUGGUGCGCUUGUUCUUACCCACUCCAGGUGAGCUGGAGCUUCCGCUCUCAACAAUGUGGCUUAUCAUCAUUGCUCCUUACCAGGUGAUGAGUCUGAGGGGAACUCAAGCUGGCAGGAUACUAUCUUUGGCGAUAGCUGUGUAUCUCGCCUUUCAGUACUUCACCAGGAACAGAGGGUUGCGUAGAGCCUUCCGUCCGGGAUCGAUAGUCGCGACCCUGGCCAUGAUCUGCAUCACAGUUGUCAACGUGAUCCUGCUGUUCUGAGUUGCAAAGAGUUCACCCCUUGUUGUAGGCCUCGACUGUCGAGGGGAGGAGGAGCUACUCCAGAGUGCAAUCUACUGAUAUAUGUAUCUUCAUGUACGAACUUUGGUAUCAACAGAUCUCAGCAGAUUGUUCGUGCGCGAUGGAGUCGCGCAGGUAGGGAUGGGGCUUUGAUUUUAGUUUUUUUUUCUGGUCCAUAACAAUUUCACACCCAUCUCUUAUAUUUUGACGACAAUUUUUGUCGACUCGGGCACAAUCAAACUCAAAGGAGGGACAAAAAGGAGCAGGAAAAGUGAGGAGCCCCUUGAUAUAAGAAUGUACUCCCUAUUUGGCAUACGAUUUUCUCUGAAGCCAAAAUUUUCAAAGGUUUCAUGGUUUGACCUAGUUUAUGGGAAAAAUAUUUAACAUUUAUAAACAAUUAAAUAUACCACAUGCAUAUCCUAUGAGAAUACAUUUCAUGAUGUAUUUGAUGA